GUACCCGGAGAAGACCGGAAGACGAUGGAGGAUUCCCGCUACUCUCCUUGCCUCGCUGUGGAGCAGGCGACAGCCGUGAAUUUCAUGGAGGGUCGGGUCUCUCCAAUAUCGCAUUUUUAUGGGAUCGCCAAUGAGGCAAAAGUAUCGCUUGCCAGAACACUCGGCUAUGCUACUUGCAUUCAUAGGAAGUAG